AUGGGCUCUCCUAAAAUCCUCUUCAUCGACGCCUAUGAUUCGUUCAGUCACAACAUUGUCUCUCUCCUGACCACGAUUCUAGAUGCCCAUGUUGAUAUCCUGCCCAUCGACCCGCCUUGGUUCCGUCCGGACGACCCUCUCCUCACACGCCAGUUGCCCAGCCUGUUACGCUGCUACGAUGCCGUCGUGUGCGGCCCGGGGCCCGGGUCGCCGGAUGUGGCUCGGGACGUUGGGCUCAUGAGAUACAUAUGGGACCUUGAGCCGGCAGACCUAGUCCCGGUUCUCGGGAUAUGCCUCGGUUUCCAGAGUCUUGUUGUGAGCUGUGGCGCUGUCGUGAAAAGGCUCGAGACCGGUCUCCACGGCAUGAUUCGAGAAAUCGACCAUGCGAUAGGCCAGCCGGGCUUGGACGAGGGAAACAUAUUCCACGGCGUUCCGCCCUUCAAGGCCACCCUCUACCAUAGCCUCCAUGCUGAUAUCGGACAAGGCCACAUAUCCGCAGACGAUUGGGUCGCGCAUAAGUGGACGCCUCCUGCUCGCCUGCCGUACCUAGUUCCUUUGGCCUGGACAUAUGAGAAUCGAGACGACCAUGUUGAGCGCAUUCUCAUGGGCGUGAGGCACCGAUCGAAACCAUUCUGGGGCUUGCAAUACCACCCAGAAUCAGUCUGUACCGAGCUUACCGGCCACAAAGUCAUCAAGAACUGGUUCCGGGCGGCUAGACAAUGGAAUCUUGUGAAUCAUCGCUUAAGGGACCCCGUUCCUACCUUGCUGGGUAGUAUCACAAGACUGCCAAAACCUCGCGCGUACGGCAUCGGCCCGGGUGUGCCCACGGGACGUGAUCUUGACGGUUAUUUCUCGUGGAUAAACGGCAGCAGCGAGCUAGCCUCUUUUGCGAUGGACUGUUGCUAUGGUUCGAGGACCCUGGACCUCCCACUACAUAUCGAAGUUCCCGAUAUCGUUGAGAUACUCCAAGGCGAUAGGAGAGACAUCAUCAUUCUCGAUUCUGCAAGCGCGAAAGCUAACAGGAUCGGAGCCGAUGUACGAGGGCGGUACAGCAUCCUCGCCCUAGACGUUGAUGAAGGCAUAAAGCUGGAAUACAGGGUAGGAGAUAGGCAUUUGACUGCACGUUGCUCUCGCCCCGGGGGGUCCUCGCAAGAAGCCUGCGAGAAGAUACCUCUAGGUUCUCAGCAGACGGCAUGGCAAAUGCUGGGCGAAUUCUGGAGUAGACGCAGAGUUGCUGCCGGUGACGAGUUAAAGCCCUUUCUCGGUGGCUUUAUGGGAUUUACUACUUAUGAGUUGGGCUUAGAAGGUAUAGAUGUCGAACUGCACGAGGAGAGGAGCCAUAACAGGCCGGAUCUCUGCUUCGCCUGGGUCACCAAGAGCAUUGUUGUGGAUCACACCCAGGGGAUUUUACGCAUUCAGUAUCUAUCGGAUUUGCCAUCGGAAGGGAAAGCCUGGUCGGACUCCGUCGCCCAGAAACUCUUAGCUUCGACUGUAUGGUCAGAUGGGCUUCGAGCAGAUUUCAACAAGCGCGCACAGCUCAGCCAACUAACGCCGCCGACAACACCCAAAGGCUUAUUUACGAGGCCACACAUACAGGUACCGGAUGCGGACGAGUACGAGUCCAAGGUUCAGCUGUGCCAAGACUUCAUCGCGUCGGGAGACUCCUACGAGCUCUGCCUCACGGACCAGACGCACAUCACGCGGCCACGCAGCCCGCCAAACAUCUCCCACCUCGCGCCCCUAGAGCCAGACAAGCCGCCCCAGACGUCGUGGCAGUUAUACCGGUCGCUGCGGUCGCGGCAACCGGCGCCGUUCGGCUCGUACGUGCGGCUCGGCGGCGCGACACUGAUCAGCAGCUCGCCGGAGCGAUUCCUCGAGUUCGCCGCAGACGGGCGGUGCUCGAUGCGGCCGAUGAAAGGUACGGUGCGGAAGUCGCUCGGCGGUGGCGCCGGAGGUGCCGCCACCCUCGCCGAAGCCGAGGCCAUCCUGCACGUGCCCAAGGAGGAGGCGGAGAAUCUGAUGAUCGUCGACCUCGUGCGCCACGACCUGCACGGCGUGUGCGGCGCCGGGCGCGUCGCCGUGCCCCAGCUCAACAAGGUCGAGGAGUACGCGAGCGUGUUCCAGAUGAUCAGCGUCGUCGAGGGGCGGCUGCCGGUUCUCGACGAACAGGGAGAAGACGGAGGGGAAGCGCAGGGACCCCCUCCGACGGGUCUCGACGUCCUCGCGGCGACCCUGCCCCCCGGCAGCAUGACGGGCGCCCCGAAGAAGCGCAGCUGCGAGAUCCUGCGCGGGAUCGAGGGUCCCCGCCACGAACGCAGCCUGUACUCGGGCGUCGUCGGCUACAUGGACGCCGCGGGGCGGGGCGACUGGAGCGUCACGAUACGCAGCCUGUUCCGCUGGGACGACGAGCCCCAGCCGCAGCCAAAACCAUCGCUGGAGGUCUGGCACAUCGGCGCCGGCGGCGCCGUCACCGCGCUGAGCACGCCCGAGGGCGAGCGCGACGAGAUGUUUACGAAGCUCAAGGGUCCGCUGGGCGUGUUCGAAGAUGGGGUGUAA